CUCACUUUGCACCAUCCCUAUUUCACGCAAGGUGCCUGCGUGGAAAAAACUUUCUGAUUUUCUUAUUAAACCCACUGAUAUUUACAAAAUAAACAACGCUACAAUGGCGGAACCACUUCCUAUGCGCAUUAAUUGGAAUCCCGAUAUAAAACACAACCAAAUGGAGCGCUGGAUAUGCAUCUACCCCGCCUAUAUCAACAGCAAGAAGACUCGCCAGGAGGGUCGCCGCCUGCCCAAGGAGAACUGCGUCGAGAAUCCACACUACCACGAGAUGCGCGAUGUGCUGUCUGUGACCAACAUGCACUUUCUGGUGGAGACACUGAAAUAUCCGCGCGAAAUCAGCAGAGAGAUGCAGUUCCGCGGCCGCAUUCGCGUCCAGCUCCGCAAUGCCGAUGGCACGUUGUGCAGCAAAGACUUUCCCUCUCGCGAAUCGAUCAUGCAGUACAUUGCCGGUAAAAUUCCCCAGCUGAAGACGCGCCAGAACAAACCGGGGGGGGAAUCAUUCCAUCAGCCCCAGCCGCAGUCAAGUGGCUCUGGAGCUGCUGGCGGCGGCGGAGGUGGUGGUGGCGGUGGCAAGAAGGGCAAAGGCAAGCGGCGUUGAUGAUUUGCAUCAUGUUUUAAUGGCAUUUGUUCAGUUGGGUUUCUUUUGUAAUAAAUUCUGUAAACAGAAA